CUCUACCUUUGGUAUUUGUAGUGAUGGGAAGGCAGCCUUGCUGUGACAAACUUGGUGUCAAGAAGGGCCCAUGGACUGCUGAAGAAGACAACAAGCUCUUCACCUUCAUUCUCUCCUAUGGCCCUUGCUGCUGGAGGGCUGUCCCCAAGCUUGCUGGCCUCCGUCGCUGCGGUAAGAGCUGUCGUCUCCGAUGGACCAACUACCUCCGACCCGACUUGAAGCGCGGUCUCCUUGAUGAAGCUGAAGAACAAUUAGUCAUCGACCUCCAUGCUCGCCUUGGCAACAGAUGGUCAAAGAUUGCGGCUGGAUUACCGGGAAGAACAGACAACGAGAUCAAGAAUCAUUGGAACACCCACAUCAAGAAGAAGCUCAUCAAGAUGGGGAUAGAUCCUGUUACACACCAGCCUUUGCAGAAGCCACAGACAGAGAGCAGCAGCCAAGGAAGCUCCACUGAUUCCUCCUCAGCCGCCAUAUCUCCAUUAUCAGAACCUAAUUUCCCUGCAAAAGAUCAGCCAUUAACAAGCCAAAUUUGGAUGGAGGCUCUUCAAGAUGAUUCAUGGUCCAAUUUCUCAACAUGGGGCAGUGAAUCCUACACUGAUUUUGGACCACAUUCCUCAGAGGAUAGCUUGAAUCAGUUGCUGGAUUACUACAAGGACCUUGGAGACAAGGAUUGCGAGUUGGGUUCUUCUGGGAAUUUUAACAAACAGUUGGCGGGCAUGGGAGAAAAAGACUGAAAAACAUCCCAGCGAUUCAGUUCAUUCUCAUCCUACUCUAAUUUCUAGCUUCUAUUUUGGAAUUGAACAUGAAAUCAAACUCUACAGAAAGAUGCGAAACUUUACAAGAACAUUGUUGCUAAGAAAAUGUUUGCGCAGAAAGAUAUGAGAUUCAGAAAUGUAAAUGCGAUCAAAAGAUCCUUCAAUGAAAUAAACAGCGCAAA